GCCCAGACUGUUGCUCAGUCUUUUCAUCAGCUCCGUGCCCAGUUGUUCUGGGAGGAGACUGCCACCCUUUGCUGGCUAGUUAACUCGUCACCCCAGUGGUUUUGCAUCAUCCUGUAACUUGGACACCCCAAGAGAACUAGGUUUUUUUCCUGUGUUAUGGGCAAGGACUUUGGCUUCCAAAGUGGUGGGGUAAAGGUCACGGGUCGUGGACAACAGGUUCAGCCUUCCGUGUUCACCACUGAGCAGAAAGAUUACUUGAAAGCCCAGCCUGGAUGGGAUUGGCACCAGAUGGACCCUAAACUUCAGCCCUUACUAGCUCUGAGCUUGGCUCUGAGCAGGAGCCACGGAAGCUCUUCAAGUUCCUUUUUUCUCGCCCUUUUCCCAAGGAGAAUCUGGGAGGUGUUUUAUGAAACCAAAGAAGCCAGGUGGCGGGAAGCUGGGGUCUCUGCCCUCCUCCUUUGGCCUGGGGUGGGGCUGUGGGAGUAACGUGCCUUCCAGGGACAGCAGAGAUUUGGAGUACACUAGGAAUAGCUUUGUGUGCGCUAGACAGCCACCUCCUCCACCCAGGGCCUGCCUCAGAGCAGUUGCAGCCUGCUGGGGGCCCCACCCUGGUAUGCGCCUCUCCCGCCUCUUCCCCGGCUGCUCAAAGCUUGCCAGCGGGGAGAAGAUAGGCCAGGGAAGGCUCUUUGCGAACGGUGGGUGGGAGCCUCAGGGCCUACGGCUGCCAGGGGGAGGAGAGGCGGCUAGACUGUAAUUUAAGUGACUAGGUUGGGAUAAACACGUGGGGGAGCUGUGGCCCCAGCACUGGCCAGGGACCCUGGAGUCCUCCUCAUCCCUGGGUUGGGGGCCGAACCUGCUGAGCCGGGCCGCCCCCUCUCCCACACCCACUCCCAGAAUCCGGGGCCCGACCUAUCGGCUAGCGUCUCCGCCUCCUUCGCUUCACAACCUCGCAGCUCGUCCCACCCAUCCUACCUGGGCCCAGUACUCGGCUGCCUGCGGGACAGUACUGUCCUUCCAGCGCCCGGCUCUGGAGCGCGACCCUGAAGCUAUGGAGGUGCUGGUCCUGGCCGGAUACCGCGCGCAGAAGGAGGACGAACUGAAUCUGGCCCCCGGGGACGUGGUCCGGCAGGUGUGCGAGGGGUCCGCACGGGGCUGGCUGCGCGGAGAGCUACGGGGUCGUUGUGGCCUCUUCCCCGAGAGGUCGGUGCAGGUGAGGCCGGGCCGCAGGUCGGGUGGAGGAGGGUCUCAGUGCGCGCCCUCAGGAACUGAGAGCCCCCACGUCCCCAUGCCCUCAUCUCCAGGAGAUCCCCGAGGCUCUGCGCGGCGCCGGGAAGGCGCCGAGCCCGCGCUGUGCGCGCCGCCGAGGUCGCCCCGCCAAAUCUCGGGGCCCCCAAAGAUGGUGCAAGGUGAACUUCAACUACAGCCCGGAGCAGGCGGACGAGCUGAAGUUGCAAGCUGGGGAGAUUGUGGAAGUGAUAAAGGAGGCCUUGGGAACCCAGACAUGCCUUCAGUCAGCCCCAGUCCCCAGCGGCCUCCCAAGCUGAGCAGCCUGACCUAUGACAGCCCUCCAGACUACCUGCAGACAGUCUCCCGCCCUGAGAUCUAUAGGGUGCUGUUCGACUACCAGCCUGAGGCCCCAGAUGAGUUGGCACUGCGGAGAGGAGACGAGGUGAAAGUACUGAGGAAGACCACAGAGGAUAAGGGCUGGUGGGAAGGAGAGUCUCAAGGCAGAAGAGGAGUCUUUCCAGACAACUUUGUGCUCCCCCCACCCCCAGUGAGUAUGGAGCCAGACACUCAGAUCAAGAAGCUGAUCCCACGGAAAGUGGCAUCUCGGGAGUCAGCUCCUCUUAAGGAACCAAAAAGGAUGAUGCCCAAAGCAGCCCUGCCUACAGUCAAGAAGCUGGUGACAGCCCCCACUGGGCCCAGCAAACCCAAGCCAUCUUGGAUACCCAGUGGAGACAGUCAGAAGCGCCCCUCCCGAGACUCUGGCUCCAGUGGCAGCUUCCUCAGAAGGGGUCCAGGCCACCCUGGUAGAAAGGGAUCGAAAACCCAGACUUCCUGGCAGCGCUCUGCCACCAGUCAGGAGGAAGAGCAGAGCAGCCUGGCAAAGGCCCCUCCUGUGAAUAAAACCCCUACUCUGGACAAGACUCCCAGCCCAGAGAAGACUCUGUCUCCGGAUAAGACCCCCACUCCAGAGGAAACCCUGACUCCAGAUAAGGUCCCCAUUUCAGAGGAGGCCCGGAUUCUGGAGUUCAAGGGCCCAGCCCCAGAGAACCCCAGCCCAGAGGAGAGCCUGACUCUGGACAAGGCUCCCAGCCCACACAGCGUGACUUCUGGGGAUGAGGCCCCUGCCCCAGACGUCCCACCUGAGGAUGAAGCCCCUGGCCCAAAGAUGGCCCUGGCUGGGGAUGAGACCCCCACCCUAGAAAAGGUCUUGACCCCUGAGCAGGUGCUCUCUGCAGAGGCCUCCACUAGAGACAACACUCAGCUCCAUCACUUCUCUCCAGAGCAAGCCCUGCUGAAGUUCAAGUCUCUCGUGGCCAAUGAGGCUCAAUCCCAAGAGGUCCAUAUGCCAGAGGAGCCUGACCUCUGCAUGAGGACAUACCCUGUGGAUCAGAGGGACAGCUCCCCGUUCCAGUCUGAGUCCAAGCCAGGGUCCGUGCCUGCCCAGGAGGUACCUGGGCAGCAUGAGGCUACCCAGAAGGAGGAGGCACCCCCCAAAGAGCAGGAGUCCCCCAAAGAGAUAGCCCCUGUUCAAAAGAAUCCUCAUCCUAUCAAGUCGACUCCAGACCCCCAAGAGACUACCAGCCUACUUUCUCCGGUCCCACAAAAUCUCACGGACAGCAAAAGUGACAGAGGCGAUAUAAUGAGGCUACAGGACGAGGUGGAGUCUUUAAAAAGGUCGCUGGAGCGGAUGUGGGUGCAGCUGGAGAGGAAGCUGACGGACAUCUGGGAGGAGCUGAAGAGUGAGAAAGAGAAGCGCCUGUUGCUGGAGGUGGGUGGGGUGCGGAUCCCAGGGGGCUGGGGGCUGGCCCUCCCCUGCCCGCCUCUCCUGACGCCCUCUCCCGACUAGGUGCAGAUGAAGCAGGGGACCCAGGAGUCCCGGACCCGGGGCUCCAUCCACGUGCAGACGCAGACGCACUGAGGGUGGGCCCGGGAGGGGGACUACGGCGGGACCUGGGGGGAAGUCAGGCCCCGGCCACCCACGUCCUCCCACACGACUUUGAGAAACACAAGAAAGUAAACUGCGGUGUAAGCGCUC